CCCGAUGACGCAUACACCGACAUCUCGCGAGACUCCGCGCGAUUUCCCAGGCAGCAGUGUGGUGUGGCGUGUGCGCGAGAGAGACAAGGGGGAAAGAUGGCGACGCAGGAGAGCGAAGCGACGAAAGACACCGUGAGCAACGGCGAGGUGAGCAGCAAUGGAACUGUUGCAGCAACAGAUGGCCAGACUGUGGAAACAGCUGGAAAUGCACAGGACCCUCAGCAGCAGCAACAAGCACCAAAUGCCUGGCAGGUUAUUAAAGGAGUCCUCUUCAGAAUCUUCAUAAUCUGGGCGAUCAGUAGUUGGUUCCGCCGAGGGCCAUCCACGCCUGACCCCAACACACCAGCUGGGGCACCCAGAGUACCCAGCAGGAACCUCUUCCCCAAGGAAACCCUCAUGGACCUGUAUGUUUAUGUGUCCCAGGAGGAGGUGUUCUCUGACUUCAACAACACAGACUCCCUGUUCUGGUUCCAAAGGGACCUCAUCUAUGGAGACUGGAACAUGGGAGAAGACAGGGACGGCUGCUACCAGCACAAUGAGGAGAUCGACAUCCCAGAGGAGGUUCAGCAGAACGGUUCCCUUUACAUUCACGUGUACUUCACUAAAAGUGGAUUCCACCCAGACCCUAAACGCAAGGGACAGUAUCGAAGACUGGCAACAGUUCAUUCAACACGAAUGCUGAAUAAAUUCAAACGAAGAAAAUUUAUGAAGACCAAGAAUCUGCUAACAGGAGAAACAGAAGCAGAUCCUGAAAUGAUCAAGCGAGCAGAGAGCCACGGUCCAGUGGAGAUUAUUUCUCAUUGGCAUCCCAACCUCACCAUCAACAUGGUAGAUGACCACACAGCCUGGGUCAAAGGCUCUGUCCCACCUCCUCUAGACCAACAUGUGAAGUUUGAUGCAGUCAGUGGCGACUACUACCCCAUCGUGUACUUCAACGACUACUGGAACCUGCAGAAAGAUUACUACUCCAUCAACGAGACCCUGACAAAGCUGCCGCUGCGUCUCAACUACUGCCCACUGUCCUUGUGGCGCUGGCAGCUGUAUGCUGCCCAAAACGCUCGCUCACCAUGGAAUUUCCUGCCUGAGGACACUUACGAGCAGUCUGACGAAGACCAGGACUCUGUGAAGGUGGCCCUUUUGGAAACCAACCCAUACCUGCUGGGACUCACCAUCGUUGUCUCCAUUGUACACAGCAUCUUUGAGUUUCUUGCCUUCAAGAACGACAUCCAGUUCUGGAACAGCAGACAGUCUCUUGAAGGUCUUUCUGUCCGCUCCAUCAUAUUUGGAGUGUUUCAGUCCCUGGUAGUGCUGCUGUACAUUCUGGACAACGAAACCAACUUUGUGGUGCAGGUCAGCGUCUUCAUCGGUCUUCUCAUUGACUUGUGGAAAAUCACCAAGGUCAUGGAUGUCAAGCUGGACAGAGAGAACAAAAUCCUAGGGAUAUUCCCAAGAUUAGUAUUCAAAGACAAGUCAACAUAUGUGCAGUCUUCAACCAAAAUCUACGACGACAUGGCCUUCAAGUACCUGUCAUGGCUGCUCUACCCUCUGUUUGGCUGCUAUGCUGUCUACAGUUUAUUGUACGUAGAGCACAAAGGCUGGUACUCAUGGGUUCUCAGCAUGCUCUAUGGCUUCUUGUUAACCUUUGGUAAGUAAGACAUUUAUACACUACUAAUGUUUAUUCAAUAUAAGAUAGAAGAAUUAUAA